AUCGGCGGACGUCUUGGGGAGAAGGAGGCUACCAUCUUCCCAGGUAUUUUCAAAAGUCACUCAAAUCUUGAAUGACUUGUAUUUUUUCAAACUACUUCAAAGGAAGAGGCGGAUUGUCCACAGAUAUUCAUAGGAAUAGUUAUAGCCUUCGAUGUGAUUUUAAAAAGAAUAAUUUUAAAUACAAACUGUUCUGAUUUAUCAAAUAACAAAUGUAUUGACAAUUCUUAAAAAAAAAAAAAAAUUCAUAGUGCUCAAAGGGAAUUAAAAAAUACACUAGUUAUGAAACUGUUUACACUACUGGCAACAUUAUUUGCUUUGGCACAUUCGAAGGGUGUUAGUGUUAAGACACUUGAUGAGAAAUUUGGAAAAGUGAUUUACGUCAAUAUCAUUUAUAGACAUGGUGAUAGAACACCCAUCAAAUCAUAUCCCAAUGAUCCAUACAAAUACCUUUAUUUUUGGCCAGUCGACUGGGGUCAGCUGACGAAUGAAGGGAAACUGCACCAGUACCAUUUGGGCCAGUGGCUGCGUAGUAGAUAUAGAGAUUUGUUCUCGAAUAGGGGCUACGAUCACAAAACAAUCUAUAUCCUAAGCACUGAUGUCGACAGGGCAUUGAUGAGCGCCCAGGCAAACGCUGCCGGAAUGUUUCCCGUCGGGCCGAACGACCGUUGGUCCAAUAUUGACUGGCAGCCCAUACCGAUCCACAGCAUACCUGAACAUCUAGAUAAAUUCCUCACUAUGAAAGUACCCUGCAAACAGUAUGAUUCGCUAUUUAUAGAAUUUAUGCAAUCGGAGGAAAUGGAAAGAAUUAAAGAUAAAUACAAGCAGAUCUUGAGCUAUAUGUCUAAUCACACAGGAGAUAAUAUGACUGUGGGAAAAACUGAAAAUCUCUACACCACUUUGCUUAUCGAGAAGUUAGCCAAUCUGACACUUCCGGGAUGGACAAAUGAGGUGUUUCCCGAUAUCUUGCAAGAAAUUGCUGGCAUCAAUUUUUCAAUUUAUACAUAUACGAAAGAACUCAGACGUUUAAGAGGAGGACCUCUACUCACUAAGAUUUUGUCUUUUUUUCACGACAAACUGAAUUCAAAAUUUCGCCAGUUCAGAAAUAUCACAAUUUUUUCAGCGCAUGAUACGACCAUCAGCGCUUUUCUGAGUACAGUCGGUAUUUUCAACUCACUCCCGCCGCCGUUUUCAUCUACAGUUAUGGUCGAAUUGAGAAUGUCAAAAAACAACGAGCCUCUAGUUACUAUACUUUAUAAAAACACAACUCACGAAGAACCGCAUUUAUUGACUGUUCCUGGCUGCGAGGAAGCCUGCCCAUUGAAGAAAAUUAUGCAACUUUUGGAACCCGUGCUACCAGUUGACUGGGAUUCUGAAUGCAGUGGUGGAAAAUCUGCUCAUAAGUUCACUGAUACUUCUAUUUUUUACACAAUGUUGACAGUGAUUUCGAUCCUUCUUGUGGCUUUGUCGUAUUGCUGGCACAGAAAUCGUCUCUACUUCUGGAAUAACGGUGGCUAUGAAAAUUUAAAAUAAAACUGCUACAAGAGACCAUAAUAACGACACAAUUUUAUCAAUUUAAGACAUUUCAUUUUUAGGAAGAAACUUUUAUUCACAAAAACAUGUUUUUUAGAGAUGCACCAAAAUAAACAUUUAAUUUUA